CUGAACCUUCGACAACCGAAUACAGUACAACUGAACCGUCAACAAUGGAAUACAGUACAACUGAAUCGUCGACAACUGAAUACAGUACUACUGAACCUUCGACAACAGAAUACAGUACUAUUGAACCGUCGACAACUGAACUGUCGACAACUGAACUGUCCACAACUGAACUGUCCACAACUGAACUGUCCACAACAGAAUACAGUGCAACUGAACUGUCCACAACUAAAUACAGUACAACUGAACCGUCGACAACAGAAUACAGUACAACUGAACAGUCGACAACUGAAUAUAGUACAACUGAACCGUCGACAACAGAAUACAGUACAACUAAACCGUCGACAACAACAGAAUACAGUACUACUGAACCGUCGAAUACUGAACUGUCCACAACUGAAUACAGUGGAACUGAACUGUCCACAACUGAAUACAGUACAACUGAACCGUCGACAACAGAAUAUAGUACAACUGAACAGUCGACAACUGAAUACAGUACAACUGAACCGUCGACAACUGAAUACAGUACAACUGAACCGUCGACAACUGAAUACAGUACAACUGAACCGUCGACAACUGAAUACAGUACAACUACAACUGAACAGUCGACAACUGAAUAUAGUACAACUGAACCGUCGACAGUAGAAUACAGUACAACUGAACCGUCGACAACUGAAUACAGUACAACUGAACCGUCGACAACCGAAUACAGUACAACUGAAUCGUCAACAACGGAAUACAGUACAACUGAAUCGUCGACAACUGAAUACAGUACUACUGAACCUUCGACAACAGAAUACAGUACUAUUGAACCGUCGACAACUGAACUGUCGACAACUGAACUGUGGACAACUGAACUGUCCACAACUGAAUACAGUGGAACUGAACUGUCCACAACUGAAUACAGUACAACUGAACCGUCGACAACAGAAUAUAGUACAACUGAACAGUCGACAACUGAAUACAGUACAACUGAACCGUCCACAACUGAAUACAGUACAACUGAACCGCCAACAACCGAAUACAGUACAACUGAACCGUCAACAACAGAAUACAGUACUACUGAACCUUCGACAACAGAAUACAGUACUACUGAACGGUCGACAACUGAACUGUCCACAACUGAAUACAGUGCAACUGAACUGUCCCCAACUGAAUACAGUACAACUGAACCGUCGACAACAGAAUACAGUACGACUGAACAGUCGACAACCGAAUAUAGUACAACUGAACCGUCGACAACUGAAUACAGUACAACUGAACCGUCGACAACCGAAUACAGUACAACUGAAACCUCAUCAACAGAAUACAGUACAACUGAACCGUUGACAACAGAAUACAGUACUACUGAACCGUCGACAACUGAAGAACUGUCAACAACGCAAUACAGUACAACUGAACCUUCGACAACAGAAUAUAGUACGACUGAACAGUCGACAACUGAAUAUAGUACGACUGAACCGUCGACAACUGAAUACAGUACAACUGAACCGUCGAAAACCGAAUACAGUACAACUGAAACCUCAUCAACAGAAUACAGUACAACUGAACCGUUGACAACAGAAUACAGUACUACUGAACCCUCGACAACUGAAGAACUGUCAACAACGCAAUACAGUACAAAUGAGCCAUCGACAACUGAAUACAGUUCAAUACAACCGUCGGCAACUGAAUACAGUACAACGGGACCGUCGACAACAGAAUACAGUACUACUAAACCAGGGACAAUAGAAUACAGUACAACUGAACCGUCGACAACAAAAUACAGUACAACUGACCCGUUGACAACAGAAUACAGUAUUACUGAACCGUUGACAACUGAACUGUCCACAACAGAAUACACUGAACUGUCCACAACUGAAUACAGUACAACUGAACCGUCGACAACAGGAUAUAGUACAACUGAAUCAUCGACAACUGAAUACAGUACUACUGAACCUUCGACAACAAAAUACAGUACUAUUGAACCGUCGACAACUGAACUGUCCACAACUGAAUACAUUGCAACUGAACUGUCCACAACUGAAUACAGUACAACUGAACCGUCGACAACCGAAUACAGUACAGAACUGUCGACAACAGAAUACAGUACUACUGAACUGUCCACAACAGAAUACAGUACA